AUGUUGUGGUUGAUCUUAUUUUACUCUCUGUGUAUCAGGCAGUGGAUACUUGCUGAAGAGAAUGCAGGCCAUCUUAAUAGUACCGAUAGCAAUUCCAAAUUGACAGAAAAUGCAAUGAUAGAAACAAAUGUUACAACGCUUUUAUCUGCCUUUGCAAGUGUAAUUGCUUUCUGCUUACAUUUUUCAGAAUCUAAUUUUUUUGAUUUUAAAACACUAAUACCGCAAUUUUUUGGCACCUCAGCUAUUGAAAAGCAUCCUGAAAAAGUUAAAUUUGUCAAGCAGUCUUCCAGUGAGUUGGGCGAUAUCUUAUCCCCAAUACAGGAAAAUGACAGUGGAAAUGAUAAAAAGGAAUACACGAAUACAGGAAGCAAAGUGGAAAAGGAAUACAGGAAGCAAAGUGUUGCUGAACCUUCAGCAGGCAUCGUAAGAAAAAUGUGGACGAAUGUGGGACGUGCACCAAGUUCAUCACGUCGAACAAUACAUCGCUAUGAACGUUUGAGCCAACACGAUGAUGAUGGAUAUUAUCCUUCAAAUGUGAUUUAUUAA